UUUAUUAUAUCAUGUCAGUUUAAAUUUUCGUAGAUUUAUACAAAAAAAUAAAAAAUAUAUAAUAAAUAUCAUGGGCAAUGCAGAAACAAAACCAAGAUCUAAUAAUAAUUUAAAAGACGAUACAAUACAAACACAAAUACCUUCUCAUAUAACGAAACCUACAUCAAAUUUAGUCCUUGCUUAUAAUGAAGGCCAAUUCCACCCAUGUAUAAUCUUGGACAGGGCAAGAAACAUAUCAAACGGUUACGAAGUGUUUUUCCUUCAUAAUCAAACUGAAACUGAAAUAUUUUCCGGAAAUGUAAUAGGAAAUUUCAAGGCUCUUCUAGAAUGCGAAGUGAGUUUCACUAUAGACGGCCAAAGUUAUACAGGAAAAGUUUUCGAUAUGGCCAACAACGACCAAAACGAAACCAGGAACUUUUUCAUAUGUUGCGACAAUCAGUAUUUCUGGGUUUCCUUCCCGUUUAUCUAUUUAACUCCGGAACAAGCGAGACAACUCCGUUAAAAAUAUGUUAUUAAGCGUGCGAAAUUUAUAGAACUGGAUUAUGAAAAUAAAUAAUUGAUUUAUGA